UCUGGUGUUUUUCAGAGUUUCUUUGGAAAACUGAAGAACCUACACACUGGACCUCCAGCUCCUCCUAGGAGGACGGAUAACAAUGCAGCAUAUGGGUGGCCGGAGGAUGAAUUUGAUGAUGACAACGACAUGUAUGAAGCUCCUCCCUGUGAGCGACCAGCUGCCAAAGUGCCACCGAGAGCAGUGGAGGAGAACGUUUAUCUGGAGAGGACUUCCAAACCUGGUGUAACACCGAGGCAGGUUGCACCUCCACCCAGACCAAGCAAAUCCUCGGAUGCCAUCAGCAAACCACCUGAGGUCAUUAGAAGUGAUAAGCCAGGGAGGAAGAAGAUGCCGCUUCAGACAGUCCCUGUAGAGGAAGAUGUGUACCUGGAUCCAACUGAAGAACCGGACGAUGAUGAUGACCUUUAUUUAGAACCAGAAGCAGCUUGCUCUCCUCCCCCGCGUGGGCCCAUGAAGAUGCCUCUGUCUCCCAGGACACCGGCACCUGCUCAAAUACCCUUAAAGAAGCCUUCAAUCCCCAGAGAUAAGUCUAAUUUUGUUUUGCCUCCAUUAGAGGACAGAAAAAGAGGUCCUUCGGCAGAAGAGAGACGUCCCACUUUUGCAAAACCCCCUCCACCAAUUCCUGGUGCUAAGCCGCAUCUGCCAGCGAACCUGAAGGAACCUAAAGCCAGCCCUCCAAAUCCUCCAAUACCAGACACUAAGCCUGUGGCUUCCUAUGGUGGUAUGAGGAUAACCAGACAAAACAGCCUAGAGGAUAGAGAAUGGUUUGCUGGUGACUGCAACAGAAAGACAGCAGAGGAUCUCUUACAGAGAAUCAACAAGGAUGGGGCCUUUCUCAUCCGAUACAGCUCUGCCCAGAGCACGCACCAGCCCUACACCCUUGCCGUGCUUUACCAGCAGAAGGUGUACAAUGUUCCCAUUCGCUUCCUGGUGGAAACUAAAACCUAUGCUCUUGGAAAGGAAGGCAAAAAGAACGAAGAGACUUUCAACAGCCUGGAUGAAAUGAUUUCUUACCACAAGAAUAACCAACUGCUGCUGAUUGACAGCAAGAGCCAGGCCAAGCACACAGCACAUUUAACCCACCCUGUACGCACUUAAAACUACACUGCAACUACCUGUUCAGACGAAUCAUGACGAUAACGGCACAGUCACUUA